ACCGGGAUGAAGCUGGAAAACGCCAACGGGAACCGCCAGCAAGGACCAGCGUGCACACUCAACGCCUCAGGAGCGCGAACUCUCGCGACAGCUUCCGGAGCCUCUCGGAGUCGCAAAGCACCGGGAGCGUGAACUCUCGCGAGAACGGGCACAACACUGCCGAGGUGCUUUGCCGUGGGAGUUCCGGCAAUAUGUCGCGGUCGACAGCGUCUUGGGGCCAACUGGACCCGCAGCAGGAGCGCGACGUUCGCGAGCUUAUUCGCCAUGUGGCGGGCCUUCAGGAUGAGGCGGACCCUAACUUCCAGCUCGCCCUGCACUUUGCUUGGUCCAACUUCAGAUUUCAUCGUUUCUUGGAUGUUAAUAGCCACAAAGUGGAAAAGACAAUAGAAGGAAUUUAUGAAAAAUUCAUCAUUCAUUCUGAUCUCAGCAAAGCUGCUAGUUGGAAGAGAUUAACUGAAGAAUUUCUAAAUGCAUCACUUCUGAGCAUAAAGGAAACAAGGACAGAUGCACAUUAUUCCAUACUGUCACUUCUUCUGUGUCUAUCUGAUUCUCCUUCAAACAGCAAUUAUGUGGAAACACCAAGAGAUAAAGAAGUGGAAAAGAAAGAUGAUUUUGACUGGGGAAAAUACUUGAUGGAAGGUGAAGAAAUUGAUCUUGGUCCAAAUGUAGACACACCAAAUUGGUCUGAAGACAGCGAAGAUGAAGAUGGUCAACAUCCCUUAAGUAGAGAAGACUCUGGGAUUCAGGUGGACAGGACACCGUUAGAAGAACAAGAUCAAAACAGAAAACUGGGGCCUUGUGUCAGCUGGAAAGUAGAUGAGACUGAUUGCCGAAGCUGGCUGGAACAGCAUGUGGUUCAUCAGUACUGGACAGCCAGAUCCUCAAGAUUUCCUCAUAGUUUACAUUUGCACUCCAAUUUAGCUGCUGUCUGGGACCAACACUUGUAUAGCAGUGACCUGUUAUAUGUUCCAGAUGACAGAGUUUUUGUUACUGAGACACAGAUUAUUCGAGAAACCUUAUGGUUACUUUCGGGGGUAAAAAAGCUCUUUAUAUUUCAGUUGUCAGAUGGGAAGGUAACUGUGAGAAACAGUAUUGUAGUAACUCAUUUGACACAUAGCUGUUUACGAUCAGUGCUAGAACAAAUGGCAGCAUAUGGCCAGGUUGUGUUUCGACUCCAGGAGUUCAUCGAUGAAGUUAUGGGGCACAGCUCGGAAGGCAUGUUACCUGGAAAUGGUUCUCUUCCUAAGAAGUUGACUGAAGCUCCCUUUAGGACAUACCAGGCUUUCAUGUGGGCCCUAUACAAAUACUUCAUUAGUUUCAAAAAGGAACUUACGGACAUUGAGAAGUACAUCAUUAAUAAUGACACUACAAUAACUCUUGCAAUAGUGGUGGACAAGUUGGCACCUCGACUGGCUCAGCUCAAGGUUCUGCAUAAAGUAUUUAGUACUGGAGUAGCAGAAGUUCCACCUGACACUCGAAAUGUUGUUCGGGCAUCUCACCUACUCAACACACUGUACAAGGCCAUUCUCGAAUAUGACAAUGUUGGAGAAGCCUCUGAGCAAACAGUUUCACUGCUAUUCUCUCUCUGGGUGGAAACAGUGCGACCCUACCUGCAGAUUGUGGAUGAGUGGAUCGUGCAUGGGCACCUAUGUGACUGCGCAAGGGAGUUCAUCAUCCAGAGAAACAAAAAUGUUCCAGUAAAUCACAGAGACUUUUGGUAUGCAACUUAUACACUAUACAGCGUAUCGGAAAAGACAGAAAAUGAAGAAAAAAUGAGUGAUAAUGCUAGUGCAAGUUCUGGCAGUGACCAGGGGCCCUCCAGCAGGCAGCAUACCAUGGUGUCCUUCCUCAAACCUGUCCUUAAGCAGAUAAUUAUGGCUGGCAAGUCAAUGCAGCUGCUGAAGAACCUGCAGUGUGUGGAGAGCACCGCAUCCCAGGAGACAGCCAGAGAUGCAGAAAGAAAAAGCUUAUAUACCCUGUUUCUGGAAUCUGUACAGUCACGUCUUCGACAUGGAGAAGAUUCUACUGCACAGGUCCUCACUGAGCAGCAGGCAACCAAAGAGAACCUAAUUAAGAUGCAGUCCAUUGCUGAAAGACAUCUUGAACUGGAUGAUGUUCACGAUCCACUCCUGGCAAUUAACUUUGCAAGGUUGUAUUUGGAACAGAGUGACUUUCAUGAGAAGUUUGCUGGUGGAGAUAUAUGUGUGGAUAGAUCAUCAGAAUCUGUGACGUGCCAGACUUUUGAGUUAACACUGAGAUCUUGCCUCUAUCCUCAUAUUGAUAAGCAAUACCUAGAGUGCUGUGGAAACCUCAUGCGAACUCUAAAAAAAGAUUACAGGUUGGUUGAGUACUUGCAGGCCAUGAGGAAUUUUUUCUUAAUGGAAGGUGGAGAUACCAUGUAUGACUUCUAUACAUCAAUUUUUGAUAAAAUAAGAGAAAAGGAAACCUGGCAGAAUGUGUCUUUUCUUAAUGUCCAGCUUCAGGAAGCAGUAGGACAACGGUAUCCUGAAGAUAGUUCACGUCUGUCUAUAUCUUAUGAAAAUGUGGACACAACCAAGAAGAAACUCCCUGUUCAUAUCUUAGAUGGUCUGACCCUGAGCUAUAAGAUCCCAUGGCCUGUGGAUAUUGUUAUAAGUUUGGAAUGUCAAAAAAUUUAUAAUCAGGUGUUCCUUCUCUUAUUGCAAAUAAAAUGGGCAAAAUAUAGUCUGGAUGUUUUACUAUUUGGUGAACUAGCUAGUACUGCUGGAAAACCACAACUCAGAGAAGGAUUUUUAUGUGAACAAGGCACAGCUGCUCAGUUUGGAUCACAAAAGGAACCAAUAAGACAGCAGAUUCAUCGUAUGUUCCUCUUGAGAGUAAAGCUCAUGCACUUUGUGAACAGCUUACACAACUACAUCAUGACCAGGAUUCUUCACAGUACAGGGCUGGAGUUUCAACAUCAAGUCGAGGAAGCCAAGGAUUUAGAUCAGUUGAUUAAGAUUCACUAUAGAUACUUAUCAACCAUCCAUGAUCGUUGUUUGCUGAGAGAAAAGGUCAGUUUUGUGAAAGAAGCCAUCAUGAAGGUAUUGAAUUUGGCUCUCAUGUUUGCAGAUGGUUGGCAAGCAGGUCUGGGAGCAUGGAAAAUGGAAUCUAUAGAGAAAAUGGAGUCCGAUUUUAAAAACUGCCAUAUGUUUCUUGUAACCAUUUUAAACAAAGCUGUCUGUAGAGGAUCCUUUCCCCAUCUGGAGUCUCUCGCACUGUCACUCAUGGCUGGCAUGGAACAAAGUUAAAUCUCUUUAAUGUAGUAAAUACCUAAGAUUUGAUCUUGAUACAUAAAUAAUUCCACCACAUGCAGCUGAGAAAUCAGAAUCUCUAUUUUGGUUCAUUUUAAAAAGUUGUCUAUAUUGUCUAGACAAGUACAUUUAUAGGUGUUUUCUUUGGAGAUUAUCGGAUAGUAUAUAAGCUUAUGUGUAUAAAAUUACAUCAAUAAAGCAAAAUGUAUAUAAGCUGUUUAUACUUAUAUGUCCUACUGUAAAAUACAUUUAUGUGUAUUUAAGUGUGAAUUAUGUCAUAUUUGGAAAUGCAGCCUUAUCGAAAGCAUUUUAGAUUCUAUUCUCCUUUUGCUUGGCCACAGAAACUUUUGUAUAGUUUUUCUUUGUUUCUUUUUUUUUUUUUUUUUUUUUUUAGGUCUUACUUAAAUUCAAGUAGGUUAACAUGUACUCUAUUAUUAAUUUCAGGGGUAGAAUUUAGUGAUUCAUCACCGACAGCUCUACUUCAAGUGCUUUCCUUAAUUCCCAUCACCCAGUUAUCCAUCCCUAAAACCCACCUCCCUUCCAGCAACCCUCAAUUUGUUCCCUAUAGAUAAGAGUCUCUUAUGAUCCCUCUCUGAUUUUGUUUUAUUUUUCCUUCCCAUCCCCCCUAUGUUCAUCUGUUUUGUUUCUUAAAUUCCACGUAGGAAUGAAAUCAUAUGGUAUUUGUCUUUCUCUGACUGACUUAUGUCCCUUAGCAUAAUACCCUCUAGUUCCAUCCACAUGUCAUUGAAAAUGGCAAGAUUUCAUUCCUUUUGAUGGCUGAGUAUAUACCACUCUCUCCAUAUAUAUCACAUCUUUAUUCAUUCAUCUAUUGAUGGACAUUUGUGCUCUUUCCAUAUUUUGGCUAUUGUGGAUAUUGCUGUAAACAUUGGGGUGCAUGUGCCCCCUUUGAAUCACCAUGUCUGUACCCUUUAGAUAAAUAUGUAGUGGUGCAAUUGCUGAGUCAUAGGGUAGAUCUAUUUUAACUUUUUGAGGAACCUCCAUACUGUUUUUCAGAGUGACUGCACCAAUUUGCAUUCACACCAACAAUGUAAGAGGAUUCCCCUUUUUCCACAUUCUUGCCAACAUCUGUUCUUUCCUGAGUUGUGAUUUUACCCAUCCUGACCAGCUCAUAGUUAUAUUGAUCUGUUUUAUUGGUGUUUGUUGUUUCUAUUUUUUUUUUAACAUUUAUUUAUUUAUUUAUUUUAGAGAGAAAGCACAGUGGGCAGGGGCAGAGAGUGAGGAAGAGAGAGUCUUAAGCAGACUGGACACUGAGCACAAAUCCCAAUGCAGCGCUCAAUCUCAAAAUCCCAAGAUCACAAUCUUUGCCUAAACCAGGUGUCGAACAUUUAAUUGACUGUGCCACCCAGGCAGCCUUCUAUAUCAUUAUUUCUGUUCUAUAUUAUUUUCCUUCUCCUGGCUUUAGGCUUUAUUUGCUGUUCUUUUUAUAGCUCCUUAAGGUGUAAGUUUAGGUAGCGUUUGAGACUCUUCUUGCCUCUUGAGGAAGGCCUGUAUUACAAUAUACUUACCUCUUAGGUCCACCUUUGCUGCAUUGCAAAGGUUUUGGACUAUCAUGUUUUCAUUCUGAUUUGCUUCCAUGUGUUUUUCUUUUUUCAUUUCUUUUAUUUCCUGUUUUACCCAUUCUUUCAUUAGUAUGAUGUUCUUUCAUCUUCAUGCAUUUGUAGUCUUUUCAAAUUUUUUCUUGUGGUUGACCUCAACUUUCAUAGUGUUGUGAUCUGAAAAUAUGCGUGGUAUAAUCUUGAUCUUUUUAUACUUGUGGAGUCCUGAUUUAUGACCCAGUAUGUGAUCUGUUCUGGAGAAUGUUCCAUGUGCACUUGAAAAGAAUGUGUUUUCCUCUGCUUUAGGAUGAAAUGUUCUGAAUAUAUCUGUUAGGACCAUCUCGUUCAGUAUCACUCAAAGCCAUUGUCCUUGUUGAUUUUCUGCCUAGGUGAUCUGUCUAUUGCUGUGAGUGGGGUGUUAAAAUCCUCUGUUAUCACUGUAUUAUCAGUGAGUAAUUUAUGUUUGUUAUUAAUUGAUUUAUACGUUUGGAUGCUCCCAAGUUGGGGGCAUAAAUAUUUACAAUUAUUAGAUAUACUUGUUUGAUAGACCCCUUAAUUAUAAUAUAGUACCCUUCUUCAUCUCUUAUUAUAGUCUUUGGUUUAAAAUGUAGUCUGGGGGCACCUGGGUGGCUCAGUCAUUAAGCAUCUGCCUUUGGCUCAGGUCAUGAUCCCAGGGUCCUGGGAUUGAGCCCAACAUUGGGCUCCCUGCUCAGCCCGAGACCUGCUUCUCCCUCUCCUACUCCCCCUGCUUGUGUUCCCUCUCUGUGUCAAAUGAAUAAAAUCUUUAAAAAAUAAAAAAAAAAAAUGUAGUCUGUUAUAAACAUGGCUACUCUGGCUUUCUUUUGAUAUCCAGUAACGAUAAAUGGUUCUCCACCCCCUCACCUUAAAUCCAUAGGUAUCUUUAGGUCUAAAAUGAGUCUCUUGUAGGCAGCAUAUAGACGGUCUUGUUUUUUAUUCCUUCUAAUACUCUAUGUCUUUUGAUUGGAGCAUUUAGUCCAUUUUACAUUCAAAGUGACUAUUUAAAAAUACUAAUUCAGUGCUGAUGGGUGGGGGUUGGAGGGCAGUAGGGGGAAUGGGGUUGCCAUCUUCUCUUGAUCCCUGAGUUCAUACCCACUACUCUUCAGGAAACUCUCACAAAAGAUCAGUCACCUUUCUUGUGUCCCCAGCUUCCUUCAGAUCCCUGCCUUCACCCUGCCUGCUAGGUGGUACAGUACUCCUGUGUUUUAUCUCAGGCACGGACUGAGUUUCAAAACUCCAAAUUUUAGAGAUCCCUGAGGCGCAAUGUUGAUUCUUUGGGUGGGGGUCUCCCCACGCUUUUGCCAUUUGCCAGUUUGUCCCAGAAGUCAGUAGUUUGAUAGUACAGCAGUUUGGAGUUUAUGGUAAAGAUCAGCAAAAAGACAGCACCGUGGUUUGCUGCCCUCACCUAGUGUCUUUGUCCCUAUGCAAGGGAACAGGGCAGCUCAGUAGUGCUUAUGAGGUCUUUUGUCCCCAGAGCAAUUGUGUCCCCUCUCCCAAAUGCACUGUAAGCAGGAAAAUUGUUUCUUCCUGUGGGACUGUGGGGAUCCUGAGACCACACGGCCUGCUCCCAGGCUUCCACCCUCCUUUCCCACUGCCAAACCUACCAGGCAAAACCUCCAAAACUUCAGACUUUGUGCUCCACUGCUUUAUCAGUGUUUGCGGUAGUAAGCCCCUUUCCUUUUCCCAGGCAGUAGUUUUGGGGAAGAGUUUUUCUUGUGACAAUGCUCUUGUUUUUGUUUGUUCGCUUUUACAAAUCAGGUCAGAUUCUUUGCAUUGAGUUAGUUAGAACUUCAGUUUGAAUUAAGUUUUCCAUUUACUGGUUUGUAAAUUGACUUUCUCUUUUUAUUUUUUCUAUUUUUUAAACUUUUAUUUUUAAUAAUCUCUAUACCCAACAUGGGGCUCACUUAAAACUCCAAGAUCAAGAGUCACAUGCUCUACUAACUGAGCCAGACAGGUUCCUCUACUUUCUACCUUAAAGUCAAGUUUAUUGAGGUAAAACUUGGGUUAAAGUUAAUCUUUGUAGAUAUGCAGCUCUGUGAAUCCUGAUGUACCCAUUACUCCAGUCAAAAUAGAGAAGUUUUAUAAUCUCCAGAAGUUCUCACAUGCCCUUGCGUCAGUCUUCCCCCAGCCCCUGGCAACAACUUAAUCUGUUCUCUGUCCUGUGGUGUUGUCUCUUCCAGAAUAUCAUAUAAAAUAAACCAUAUAUUUCUGUGUAGCCAUUUGAGGAUGGGUUAACACAACACUGCUUUUGAGAUUCAUCCAGGUUGUUAAUUUAUGUCUUCUCGUUGCUGAACAGUAUUGUGUUGUAUGAAUUGGUAUUAUUUAUUCAUAGACCAAGUCAUGGACAUGUGGAUGGGCUCUUGGUUUAGGCCCUCAUGAAUAGAGCUGCUGUAAACAUUUGUGUCAGGUUUUCAUGUGAACAUAAUUUUACUUCCUCUUGGGUAAAUGCCUGGGACUGGGCUUGGUAGGCCAUGAUAAGUAUUUGUUUAAUAUUAUAGAAAACCUUUUUCCAAAGUGGUUAUACCAUUCUAUAUUCCCACCAACAAAGUAUGAAAAUUCCAGUUGUUCUGCAUUCACAUCAGGUCUCCAUAUUGUCAGUUUCUUGUUUUAUUUUGCCACUUUAAUAGGUGUGUAAAUGGUUUGUAAUUGUGCCGAAUUUUUUAAAUUUAUUUUUUAGUAAUCUCUACACCCAUUGUGGGGCUUGAACUCACAACCCUGAGAUUAAGAGUUGCAUGCUCUUCUGGCUCUUCUGAGCCAGGCAGGUGCCCCUAAUUAUGUUGAAUUUUCUAAAAAUUUACUUUUUAGGGCACUUACGUGGCUCAGUCCGUUAAGUGUCUGCCUUUGACUCAGGUCAUGAUCCCAGAGUCCUAGGUUCGAGUGCCACAUUAGGCUCCCCACUCAGCAAGGUGUCUGCUUCUCCCUCUACCCUUCCCCUGCUUGUGCUUGCUCUUUUUCUCUUCAAAUUCAUAAAUAAAAUCUUAUAAAUAAAUAAAAAUUAAAAUUUACUUUUUAGAAUUGAGAUAUAACAUAUAUAGUAAAAUGUACAGAUCUUACAGCUGUAGUUUGAUAAGUUUUGACAAAUGUGGAUACCUCUGUAACCAAAAAAGCUAUAGAACAUUUCCAUUACCCUAGAAAGCUGCCUCUUGCCCCUUUGGCAUGAUGCCCUACCCAGAGGCAGCCACUGCUCCAGUUUACAUCAAUAUACAUUAGUUUUGCUUAUUGUUAAUUUUAUAUAAAUGGAAUCAUAUACCAUGAAUCCUUUUAAGUCUGGUUUCUUUUUCAUCAGCAUAAAGAUCUUGAAAUGGUUGUUGUGUAUGUCAACAAUGUGUUUCUUUUUUAGAAAUGCACUUUAUUUGGGGGGACAGUUCUGGGUUCACAGCAAAAUUCACUGAGGAAGGUAGAGAUUUCCCAUAUACCCGCUCUCCUUGCACAUCCUCCCAUACUAUCAACAUCUUGUACCAGAGCUAUACAUUUACUUAUAUAUUUAUUAUAGUCAGUGAACCUACAUUAUUAACACAUUCUCACCCAAAGUCCAUUCUUUACAUUAGGAUUAACUUUUGGUGUUACACAUUCUGUGGUUUUUGACAAGUGUAUAAUGACUUGUACCUACCACUAUAGUGUCCUAUAGAGUAGCUUUACUGCCCUAAAAAUCCCUUACUGUUCCAUCUAUUCAUUCUUCUAUCCCUCCAGCCCUGACCUUUUUACUUUCUCUGGUUUUGCCUUUUCCAGAAUGUCAUAUAAUUUAAAUAAUCCAGUUCUAGCACCAUUUGUUUAAAAACAGUUCUUUCUCCAUUAACUUUUUUGGCAUUUUAGUUUUAAAAAAUCAAUCUAUAAGUCUAUUUCUGAACUCCUCUGUUUCAUUAAUCUGUUUGUCUUUUUGCCAGUACCACACUAAUCUUGAUUAGUGUGGCUUUAUAGAAAGUCUUGAAAUGAGGUAAUGAAGUCCUCUAAUACUGUCCUUCGAGAUUACUUUGAUUAUUCCAGGUCUUUUGCAUAUUCAUAAAAAUUUUAGAAUCAGCCUGUCAUUGACAAAAUGCCUGCUGGAAUUAAUUUGGGUUCUGCUGAUUUUGUAUGUCAUUUGGAAAGAACUGGCAUCCACAUGGAAUCUUCUACUUCAUAAAUAUGGUAUAUCUUUUCAUUUUGAUAUUUAUUCUCUCUGAAUAAUGCUUUAUAGUUGCUCUGAGCAACUUUAUAGUUGUCAGUGUAAAGAUCUUGUAUAUCUUGUAUUAAAUGCAUCCCUAUGUUAAUAUUUUCAAUGUUAUAUUUUAUGAUCUUUGGCUUCUAGUAUUUUAUUAUAAAAAUUUCAAUCAAAAAAUAAAUUUCAAUCAUACAGGAAAGUUGAAAGAAUUUUACAAUGAACCCACCACCUAGUUUUAUCCUAUAAAUACCACUUUAUUAUAUUUGCUUAUUUAAAAUUUUUCAGGAUGCUGCUCUAAUAUAGAAAUACUUUUUAUAUUGACCUUGAAUCUUAUGAGCUUAUUAAAUUCACUUAUUUGUUUUAGUAGUUUGAGAUUCCUUUAUAUUUUCAACAUACACAAUUAUGUCACUUAUGAAUAAAGACAGUUUUUACUUAUUUUCCAAUCUUUAUGCCUUUUCUUUUUCCUCUUUAUUGCACUGGCUAGAACCUCCAGUAUAAUAUUGCAGAAGUGUUGGGAGCAAAUAGGUUUACCUUGUUCCUGACCUUAGAAGUAAAAGCAUUUGAUCUACCAUUAAGUAUGGCAUUUUUUUACAGGUUUUUUUUUUAUUAGGUUGAGAAAGUAUUGUUCUAUUCCUAGUUUGUUGAGAGUUUUUAAUCAUGAAUGGUUGUUGGAUUUUUUUCAAAUAUACUUCCACAUCUAUUAAGAUGAUUAGAUGGUUUUUGUCCCUUCUGUUGUUAAUAUGUGAUUACAUUGUUUGAUUUUCAAAUGUUGAGUCAACCCUGCAUUUAUGAGAUAAAUCCUCUCGUAAAUUUGAUUUACUUAAAUACUUGAUAUCAUUAGGGAAUUUGGGGUCCAUCUAAUGAGGGAUUUUUUUCUGUAAUUUUCUUUUCUUGCAGUCCCCUAUAAAUUUGUUAUCAGGGUUAUGUCGUACUCAUAAAAUGUUUUAUCCCUUUUAUCGCCUUA